UCGGCCAUGGUUUGUUAAUCGCGUACAGUGAUGGAAAAAGUGAUCAUUAUUCGUGCCUGAGACUGACUAAAGACGGUAAAAACUGUAAAUCGCCCUUUAUUAUAAGCCAUUCUGGGCUCUUCCAGUCCGGCCAGAGCGAAAAAAAUCUAAAAGGACGAUGGGCAGAAAAGGAAGCGGGUGAACCUUACAGAAAGGAGGAAAGAAGUUUAAAAACAAAAUUCAAAUUAUUAACGAAUUCAUUCCAUAUGCAAUUCUUGUAAGACGAGAGGACAUUUUUAUAAUCAGUAUCGCAUAACGUGAUAUUUACGGGCAUCGAGAACCCCGGAGGACGAAAUAGGAUCGAUAAACUAUGGAGGCACAGGUCUUGCAACAGGCCGUCUCCUCUGCUCAGCACCAAGGCCAGCAGCAGCAGAUCAUCAUAACGAGCGCUAGCAACCAUCAGCAGUUACAGCAACAGCUUCAGCAGCAGCAGGCCAACCAGCAACAGGCGCAACAUGACCAACAGGUACAACAACAGCAACAGCAACAACAGCAGCAGCAGCAACAACAGCAAGCUGAACAGCAGGCUCAGGUGAUGGAGGUGAAACAGCAGGCCGUCGUAGCCUCCUCACAACAACAGCAGCAAGUGCAGCAACAAACAUUGCUAGUCAAUUCGGCCAACAUCCAACAGCAGAACAUUGUUGGGAUGUCAACGCCUCAGAGUCCUCUGUGUUCGGCUGGGAACACCAUUUCUACCAUGCAAGCAAGCAUGGCUCAGUCUGUUCCUACAAAUGCACAAGCUCCUCAGCUUCAGCAGGUACAAGUUUUACAGCAGCCAGUCCAAAAUACAGCAUAUGUACAGCAGGUAUACAAUGCAAACGGGCAGAUGUUGAUGUCUGGAAAUAUUGCUCUUCAUCCUGGUCACAAUAUGAACCCAGGUGGAUCUAUUCAGGUUAUUGCUGCUGGCAAACCUUUCCAGUCUAAUCAUAUCACAUCCCAGAUUUUGGGAAAACAAGUUAUCGGAACGCAGCAAACUUCGUUUCCAAGCUAUGCAACAAUUCCAACGACCACAAAUCAGACCCUUGUUAUCGGACAGUUGGGAGUACUGAGCAGCCAGCCAAACAUACUUCCUGCAGGGUCAAACCAAGGAGGACAGCAGAAACAAGACCUACAGAAGAUUAAAUCAUCCCUGCAGGCUGUUUCAGCGGGACAGAUGAAACAGGCUCAAGGGACAAAUGUGCAGUCUAGUGUAGCUUUAUCUGGUUGUGUUGUUUCACAGCCUCCUACAAUGCUUCAUCAGCUCAUUUCUCCUAUCCAGUACACAACGUGUCAAAAUAGAGGAAUAGCAGCAUCGGGAAAUGGUGUUCAGCUCUCACCGUGGCAGUUUGGCCCACAAAUACCUCAGGUCUGGACUACGCCUCACCACCAGCAGGUGAUCACAGCUCAGAACCCCAUAUUUAUAAGAGGCCCUCACCAAGAUCCUACCAUGUUCAUUCAGUCCCAACCGCAGCAGACCGUUCAGCAGCAACCAACACCUCAGCAAGCUCAGCAAACAACUUCGAGAACUCUGUCGAUAUUACCUUCAAUGCCUUCUCCGAUAAGAGCUGCUGGUUCGACAAGUGCUACAACACAGAUAGUACCAAAGCACACCACAACAAUACAGAAUAAAAUAAGAAAGACAAUAUUGACUAAAGGUAUGCCAAUACCGAAACUUGAUGCUCAGAAUCAAACUAAAACUCAUCAGGUUGCUCAAGCUAACCAGCAUCAGAAUAGUACCAAGAUGAUCAUUACAUCACAAGGGACAUUGAUGCCACAACAGCAGCUGCAAGUGGCUCAACAGCAACAAAUUCAAACAACACAUGUCACACUGCAGGCCCAACAGCAGAUGCUUCAACCCAAACCACCUCCUCUAAUGAGUAUAUCGAUGCCGACAUUACAGCAAGUACAAUCGCCGAAAGAAAUAGCUCCUGCAGAAGACAAACCGAUGGAAAUACAGCAAGUAGUACAACAGGAAGUUCAGCAGCUUGUGCCUGUUCAGCAAGAGAAUGCUUAUACACCGACUUCAGACUGUAUUACGAAGAUUGAACUACUCCCGUCCGCACAGACCGACCCUCCAGCACUCAUAGCCACAGUGCCUUUGAACCAGUAUCCGCAAGUACCCGCUUCACCUAGACAAGUCCAACAACCGGUCACCCCGACGUCCACAGUAAAUCAAGCUCAGCCGCUUCAGCAGCAAAUCCCACAACCUCAGCCUCCAUCGCAAGUCCUACCUCAACCCCAGGUUCAACUGCCUGCGAAAGAAACUUCAGCGCCGACUCCACCCCCUCCUGUUCAAGAAAGUCAAACUGCACCCAAAACCCAAGAACAGGAAGAUUCACAGAAAUCAUCGGGGCCUCCAAAAGCCAUGGUUAAACCUCAAGUUUUGACACAUGUUAUUGAAGGAUAUGUCAUUCAAGAAUCUUCAGAACCAUUUCCAAUAAACCGAUCUGUCCUGCUGACUGAAUUGGCUAAAACAAUCAAAAGCAAAAAACCAUCUAAUAAAACUACUGCUUUGAGUGCAGAUGAACCACCUUUGAAAAAGCCUAAUUUGGGUUGUGAAACGACCAAGAGUGAAAUCAGUGAGAAGCAAUUGCUCAAACCAGAUCAAGCGAAAUGUGAAGCAUGCGGAACAAUUGGGAAAAAGGAGAAAUUCAAGAAGAACAAGAGGUUCUGCUCUCUAGCCUGCGCAAAAACCUUUUCGAGUAACAACGCCAAGAAAGAAAAUGGGGCGGCGGUCCCGAAUGAAAAGAUAGCUGAUAAACCGACGGAAUCCGCUGCAGCCACCCCAGUCAACCAGAGGAUGGAGUCUGAUACAGCAUCUUCAGCCGAAGCAGUUAGCAAUGCAGAAACAUUAACAAGCGGAACAAACAAUGUUGCAGCUGGAAUUGAUGAUAUCGGCGAGCUCGCUAAUAUCAAUCCCUUCAAGUGGUCGGUAACCGAUGUCUGUGAGUUCAUUAAGAAACUGCCCGGGUGCAGCGAUUAUGUUGAAGAUUUUGCGAUUCAAGAAAUUGACGGGCAGGCGCUUAUGCUACUGAAAGCCGACCAUUUGAUGUCCGCUAUGUCCAUGAAACUCGGCCCUGCGCUCAAGAUUUGCUCUAAUAUCGACAGGCUGAGAGGAAUUCCAGAAGGCGAAGCGAGCUAGGCUUCAUACGUGUGGAGCUAAUUUCUGUGAUAUGUUAAAGAUAAUCAUUUGGUUUCGCUUUGUUAUUUUAAAUGUGAGCUUAUGUAUAAUAUCUACAUAAGCAUUUCAUCAGCAAUAUUGUUGAGGUUAAGUAGAAUGAUAAUUAUUCUAGUGAAAUGUUGAAUAUUUUUCUAUGGAGUAACAACAACAAAAAAUCAAUUAUUUCGUAUUUGUAUAUUAUAUAUGUAUAGUUAUAUAUUUAAUUAAAAAGAAAAAAGUGUUCUGCAAAUAAUUUCUGCCCCCUGUAUUGAAUAUUUUGUGGUGUACUAUUAUUUAGAAUUUUAAUAUUUUUAACAAAAAGUUUUUUGAUAUGUCUGGUAUUAUAAAUCUCUUUAUCGUCAGAUAUUUCCUUCUCUGUGUAUAUAUUUUGUACUUUUGAUAUAAAAAAAAACUUUUAUAUUGCUUUUGUAAAUAAAAUUAUCUUUGUAAAUAAAAGUGAUAUAAAUUGAGUCUUAUGUGGACUAACUGAUUUCGUCAAGUGACGAUAACCAAAUUGUUUUUCUAUGACUUUUCAUCACCAUGACAAAUCCAAUUUUUUUAAAAUAUUUUUUCAUUGGAAGGCAAAAAGGGUCAAGUUCAGUACCUAGUGAAAAUAUUGUAUAUAAUGUUUUAAAUUUUACAAUAAUAAAAUUUAUGUACAAAAAUUA